AAACGUCCGUCACUGAAUACAGUCCUUCCUUUACCCGCGUGUGCUUGCUAUAGAUGUCUUCACGUACAGAGCCCGGAUCAUCAACUACCGCCGCGAUGGCUUCUACCGGUGGUACUUUGGACUCUCCUGUCAAACAGAUCCAGAUCGAAGGACUGGUGGUGUUGAAGAUUAUAAAGCACUACCAGGAAGAGGGCCAGGGAAGCGAAGUGGUUCAGGGGGUCCUGCUGGGCCUUGUAGUCGAGGACCGGCUGGAGAUCACCAACUGCUUCCCUUUCCCCCAGCACACUGAAGAUGAUGCAGACUUUGAUGAAGUCCAGUACCAGAUGGAGAUGAUGCGUUCCUUGCGUCACGUCAACAUUGACCAUCUGCAUGUGGGCUGGUACCAGUCCACCUACUAUGGCUCCUUUGUCAGCCGAGCUCUGCUAGACUCCCAGUUCAGCUAUCAGCAUGCCAUCGAAGAAUCAGUUGUGCUCAUCUACGACCCUAUAAAGACGGCCCAAGGCUCCUUGUCCCUCAAGGCUUACAGGCUGACUCCAAAACUCAUGGAGAUCUGCAAAGAGAAGGAUUUCACACCAGAGGGCUUGAAAAAGGCAAACAUUGGCUUUGAGCAUAUGUUUGAGGAGGUGCCUAUCAUCAUCAAGAAUUCUCACCUCAUCAAUGUGCUCAUGUGGGAGCUGGAGGAAAAGUCCAUGGUCGCCGACAAGCACGAACUGCUCAACCUGUCAAGCAGCAACCACUUGGAGAAGAGCCUUCAGCUUCUGAUGGACAGAGUGGAUGACAUGAGCCAAGAAAUUGUCAAAUACAACACCUACAGCCGCAACCUUAGCAAACAACAGCAGCAGAAGCACCAGUACCUCCAAAGGCGGCAGCAGGAGAACACCCAGCGACAGAGCAGAGGAGAGCCCCCGCUGCCUGAGGAGGACAUCACUAAAAUGUUCAAGCCGCCCCAGCCUCCACCUCGGAUGGAGACAUUACUCAUUGCAGGGCAAAUUAACAACUACUGCCAGAACAUUAAGGAGUUCACCUCCCAGAACCUGGGGAAGCUGUUCAUGGCAGAGGCUCUCCAAGGCUCCAACUAGAAGAGGAACGACCCACAGAAGAUUGUGCAGAGGGAGGAGAAAAGAAAGAAAAACCUGCAAAAACACAGAUGCAAAACAUCAUCCUGGACAACAACAGGUUGAAGUCUGCACUGUUGGGGGUCCUACGAAUUUAUUCAUUGUUUUUAUGCCAAUUCUAUCUUAAAAAAUGCUGUUUGAAUUAAACUAAAACUGGCAUCUCUC